CAAACCCGAGACUGAAGCUGUAAACAAUAAAACCCAACCCGUCCAUCAUCCAUGCGCUAAAUAUGCAUUUAUCCGCGAUGACGGUUCCGUUAUCGGCGCUCCUCUGCCUGUUCUGUGCCUUCGGACCCGCUCGAGGUUACUAUGGCAACCCCUUGAACAAGUACAUCCGUCACUACGAGGGUCUGUCGUACGACACGGAGCCGGUGCACAGCAGUCAUCAGAGAGCCAAGAGGGCGCUGUCGCAUCAGUUCCUGCACCUGGAGUUCCACGCGCACGGCAGACAUUUCAACCUGCGCAUGAAGAGAGACACGCAGCUGUUCUCUGAUGAUUUUAAACUGGAGAUGUCUGGAGAGGAGAUGAACUACGACACCUCACACGUCUACACUGGAGAGAUAUACGGUGAACAGGGCACUCUGACUCACGGAUCCAUCGUGGAUGGGAGGUUCGAGGGCUUCAUUCAGUCUCAUCGAGGAACAUAUUACGUGGAACCGGCCGAGAGAUACCUGGAGGAUAAAAACGUCCCGUUCCACUCCGUCAUCUACCACGAGGACGACAUAAAUUAUCCCCAUAAAUACGGUCCUGAAGGCGGCUGUGCAGAUUCAUCUGUGUUUGAGAGAAUGAAGAAAUAUCAGUCGGCAACGCUGGAGGAGCCGCAGAAGGAGCAGAAGUCUGCAGAUGAUCUCCUGAGGAAGAGGAGGAUGACACAGGUGGAGAAGAACACGUGUCAACUCUUCAUCCAGACCGAUCAUCUGUUCUACAAAUACUACAAGACCAGAGAGGCCGUCAUCGCUCAGAUCUCCAGUCAUGUGAAGGCCAUUGAUGCCAUAUAUCAGGGAACAGAUUUCAUGGGCAUCCGGAACAUCAGCUUCAUGGUGAAGAGGAUACGGAUCAACACCACCAGUGAUGAGCGAGAUCGCUCGAACCCGUUCCGCUUCGCCAACAUCGGCGUGGAGAAGUUUCUGGAACUGAACUCUGAGCAGAAUCAUGACGAUUACUGUCUGGCGUACGUCUUCACCGAUAGAGACUUUGACGACGGGGUGUUGGGUCUGGCCUGGGUCGGCGCGCCCGCGGGGAGUUCUGGUGGGAUCUGUGAGAAGAGUAAAUUAUAUUCUGAUGGGAAGAAGAAAUCUCUGAACACCGGAAUCAUCACCGUUCAGAAUUACGCCUCGCACGUGCCUCCUAAAGUCUCACACAUCACCUUCGCUCAUGAGGUCGGACACAACUUUGGAUCUCCGCAUGAUUCGGGGUCAGAGUGCACGCCGGGCGAGUCUAAGAGCCAGGACAAGAAGGAAAGAGGAAAUUACAUAAUGUACGCUCGAGCAACAUCCGGAGACAAACUGAACAACAACAAGUUCUCCGUGUGCAGCAUCAAGAACAUCAGUCAGGUGCUGGAGAAGAAGAGAGGGAGCUGUUUCGUGGAGUCCGGUCAGCCCAUCUGUGGGAACGGUCUCGUGGAGCCGGGUGAAGAGUGUGACUGCGGUUACAGCGAUCAGUGUAAAGACGAGUGCUGCUACGACGCUAAUCAACCAGAUAACAGGAAAUGCAAACUCAAACCAAACAAAGUGUGCAGUCCGAGUCAGGGUCCCUGCUGCACUCCUGAAUGCAUCUACAAGAGUCGUAACGACAAAUGUCGCGAGGAGUCGGAGUGCGCUCAUCAGGGAAUGUGUAACGGAGCGUCCCCUCAGUGCCCGACCUCUGAACCCAAAGCCAACUUCACCGCCUGCCACGGAGACACGCAAGUCUGCCUCAAUGGAGGCUGCUCGGGCUCCAUCUGUGAGAAGUACGGUCUGGAGGUUUGCACCUGUGCCAGUGUGGAAGGCAAAGACGAGACUGAACUCUGUCACGUGUGCUGCAUGGAGAAGAUGAACCCGAGCACCUGCAGCAGCACCGGCUCCGAGCGGCUCGCACGGUUCUUCAACAAGAAGGUGACGACUCUGCAGGCGGGCUCGCCCUGUAAUGACUUCAAGGGUUACUGUGACGUGUUCAUGAAGUGUCGUCUGGUGGACGCUGACGGUCCUCUCGCCCGACUCAAGAAAGCCAUCUUCAACCCAGAGCUCUACGAGAACAUCGCUGAGUGGAUAGUGGCUCAUUGGUGGGCGGUGUUACUCAUGGGAAUCGCUCUGAUCAUGCUCAUGGCGGGAUUCAUUAAAAUCUGCAGCGUUCACACACCGAGCAGCAACCCAAAACUGCCUCCUCCAAAACCACUGCCAGGUACACUGAAGAGACGACGAGCUCAACAAGCCAAUCAGCAGCAACAGCAACAUCAACAACAGAACCAGAACCAGCACCCUCACGCUCACCAGAACCAACGGCAGGCUCCACGCCAGGCCCAGCGCCAACCGCAGCCUCAGCGCCACCAUCGACAGCCCCGUGAGAACUACCAGAUGGGUCAGAUGAGACGCUGA